GUUUAGUCUCCAUGGAAAAGAAGAAAAGAGAAAUGACAUUAGGAUUUUGAUUACCUGCAUUAUGAAAGCUUUACUUUAGAAUUAGGGGAAAGUGACACCUGCCAUAAGAUUUUGGAAGGGAGGAACUCUCUGAGAUUUUGUUUGUUUCCUCAUUUUCAUUUUGUAGCUUUUUGUGAUUGUUUUAAAACUUCCUCCCUGACUUGAAUCUGAUCAAACCUUAUAUUCUGCCGGGUUGGUUCUAAACUACAAAUAUGGUUUGAUUGUAGAAUUAGGUCACAUGAAAAAAUGGAUAUUUUUUUUUUCUUUCCUUGCUGUUUCUACAUGAAUGUCAAUUUGCUGGAUUUAUCUAGAGAAUAAUAAAAGGCAAGAGAAGGAACACGAAGAAAAGGUCUACUUCAGGUAUCGAUAAUUUCUCUGCACUGCACUGGUCAAAUCUUUUUGUAAUAGGAUAUGACUCUCUCAAAUAAUGAGGAGAAUUUCUUCAGGAGAAGAUGGAAGAGACCAACUCUGUAUAGAGGACAGUUAUGACACUAACUAGGUUCACACAACAUGUUGUGGUUAAACUUGGACUGGCAUAAGGGAGAUGCAGAAGAUGCCUGGCGCAAGAAUUCACAUUUGACUCUCCUUGUGAAUGCCAGUGGUCAUGCUGUUAGACUCCAUUGUCAGAAUAGAGUUUAUCUGGUAUUGGCUGGAUCAAAAGGGCAAGUGGAUUGAGUAUGGCCAAAAGGAUUCUGAGCACUGUGCUGCCUCAAUAUCAUCCUCUGAGUUGGAGGCUACUUUCCUAGCUGACCACAGAGGAGUUGUAUUCUUCCAGGCUGGGACUCAGCUGUAUGAAUUAAAUUUCCAAGAGAUGGUUCAGAGAAAUGUGUACUACCGAACACAGAGGAGAGUCUGCAGAUGGCCCAGACUGGUAUUUUUUGGAGGUAGACGCAAAAGUGAGAAGAGCUGCCGUUUUGAAUCUUCUUUUCCCUUCCACUCGUUUCCUUCAACCUGGGACCAAUCAGCACUUCCUGACAUAGGCUAUAAGCUGGUAGAGGUCUCUGAUUCUUCUGAAGAAUAUCAUGAAAUCAAGGAGCUAUUUGAGAAAACAAUGGAAGGUUACAUUAUACAUAGACUUCAAAGAAUUCAGAAUCCUUCUCUCUGGCAAGUCUUUCAGUGGCAAAGGGAACAGAUGAAGAAGUUGAAUAGAGGAAAGGAAAUUGAUGAACGGUUCUUGUUCCACGGUACUAGCACAUCUCACCUGUAUGACAUCUGUCGGCAAAACUUUGACUGGAGAAUCUGUGGCACACAUGGGACGCUGUAUGGAAAAGGAAGCUACUUUGCCAGAGAUGCCUGUUACUCCCAUGCAUACUGCCAAUCGAGGAUUCAAACAAAGACCCUGUUUGUAGCUAGAGUUCUGGUUGGAGACUAUGUCCAAGGAAAAGCUUCAUAUGUUCGCCCUCCUUCUAGACCUAAUCAAUCAAAUGGCUUCUAUGAUAGCUGUGUGGACAAUGUUCUGAAUCCUUCUGUCUUUGUCAUCUUUGAGAAGCAUCAGAUUUACCCAGCGUAUAUUGUGGAAUAUGAGGAACUGUCCCAUUGUGUGAUCAUGUAAAGGCAGCAAUUCUUGUUUUCCUUAAGC